AUGUUACCCCCCGCAACCCAUGUCUUCCCCUCGCUCGUGGGCGUCGCCCGCAAGUCAGUCCUCACAGCCUGGUACAAUUUCGCCACUGCCUUAGACGAGGGCCUCGGCACCCAUCGCUCUGCAAUUGAAGCAGCAAGCUUCUUCUCCCGUGCCGCAUCUGCAGACCAUCUCCCCUCUAUUAUCCGCCUAGCUGCGCUGUACGAAGCCGGCCUCGGCGUUGAACAGGAUCCCACUCGCGCCUUCAGCCUCUACGCCCGCGCUGCAGCUCUUGGGUCCGUCCAGGGCACAGUCGCCCUCGCCCGUCUGUACCGCCACGGGAGAGGCGUGCACAAGGAUGUCAACCGCGCCGUCCAGCUGUUUCGCUCGGCGAUUGACUGUGAUUGCAACGACGCCCGCGUCGACCUGGCGGAAUGCUACAUCGCCGGGGCAGGCGUCCAGAAGAGCUCCGCGGAGGCCAUCGCUUUGUACAGAGCGGCCGCGGCGAAGGGCUCGCAACUGGCAAAAGUCCGCCUGGCAGAGUGCUUGCAAUCUGGCACGGGCGGCGCCGCACCGGAUGAUAAGGCUGCUUUCGAAGGCUAUUGGGAAGCCGCUUGUGAGGGAGAAAAGGAAGCCUUCUUUCCGCUAGCAGACUGUUUUGAUAAGGGCGCUGGCGUUGAACAGUGUCUUGAAAGCGCAUUUGAGUGGUAUUUCCGCGCUGCGGAUAUUGCUGAUGAUCCUCGUGCCAAGCAUAUUGUCGCCGAUUUCUACUUUGACGGCGUCGUUGUCCAGAAGAGUUACACGGAUGCGGUGAAAUACUACAAACAGAGCGCGGGCGCGGGGCUCGCUGCUGCGAAAACUGCUCUGGCUGAUUGUUAUCUUACCAGUUCGGGCGUCAAUCGAGAUGAAAAGCGCGCUACGGAGCUGUAUCUCGCCGCUAUGGAAAGCGCCUACGCGGACGCCUUUGUUGGCAUGGCCGAGUGUUACUUGGAUGGCGUGGGAGUCGACGCUGACGAGGGAAAGGGCUUGUAUUUGUUUGAACGUGCCAUCAAUAGCGGCAGUUUGCGCGCGCACUCAGCCCUUGCCGAGCGUUUCUUCUACGGUAUCGGAUGUGAGAAGGACGUUGCGCGAGCGGCUUCACAUUACAGAAAGGCUGCGGACGGUGGCUCGGUUCCGGAUCAAUUCGCCAUCGCGAAGUGCUACUUUCAGGGCGUUGGUGUGGCGCAAGAUUACACAACUGCUGUGGAGUACUUUCGAAAAGCUGCAAAAGGCGGUUGCGUUUCUGCGGCGGUCCGUCUCGCACAUUGCCUAAUGGGUGGGAAAGGUGUCCCAGAAGAUCCCGUCAAGGGCCGCGAACUGUACGAAAAGGUAAUGAAAUUGGGCGACAGCGAGGCAAAACUCAGUCUAGCUCAUUGUUACAGGCUGGGUAAAGGCUGCAUUUUGAACCUUAGCCACGCGAGAAACCUGCUUCUAGAAUUGUCUGAAUCGGACCACCCAAUUGCCACAAGGCACCUCGCCAUGUUCUACUCGAGGGGACUAGGUGUGAAGCAAGACUAUGCCAAGGCAGCUUCUCUUUAUGAGAAGGCAUCUCGCAUGGGCGACGUUGUUUCGAAAAGAUGCUUAGGGAAGCACUAUAGACUCGGUUUGGGUGUAGAGACAAAUAUGACCAAGGCUAUGGACCUCUACAAAGAAGCAGCGCUAAAGGGGGACAUUGCGGCCUUGGUGAACGUGGCCUUGAUGUACGAUCGCGGUUGUGAGAUUGAGCGCUCUGUUGAGGGGGCACUUUUAUACUACGAACGAGCAUACAAGCUCGGAAAGGAAACGUUACGGGGGAACAUCUAUACAUGUUAUGCUAAUGCUUCUAGCAAUGAGAAUAUUGCGAAAGGCGAGUUGGGAUUUCUACAGGAUAUGUACAUCAAGGGUCAUAGGAACAUAGCGAAACGCCUUGCGUAUGUGUAUUACUAUGGCCGUGGGAUUCCAGUGUAUCCGGCAAGAGCUAUAUCGCUUCUUGAGGAGGCCUUGAAAACGCGGGAGUCUGAUUCUGUUAAGGAGCUCUUAGGACUUUUUCUUGUCGAAGGGCGGGGUAUUCCAAAGAAUUUGCUGAAAGGUUCCGUCUUGUUGUCGGAGGCAUGUAAGUCGAAUAGAGCGAGUGCAAAAGCAACGCAGGGUCUUUGCCAAGUGAGAGGGCUGCUCGGAGGUGACCCUCAGAAAGGCGUAAGCCUUCUCGAGGAAGCUGCUGAAGAUGGGUCCACCCGGGCGUGCGUUUUGCUAGGCGAUUAUUUCUAUCAUGGUCGCUUUGAGCAAGAGAAGGGAAAGAAUACAUUACUGGAAACGAAGCCAGAUUUAGAAAAGGCGAUAUCUUACUAUAAGAAAGGCAGCACAUGUCCAGCUGCUCUAUACCGCCUCUCUAUGUGUUAUGGAAAGGGUCUAGGAGUUACCAUGUCGCAAGAUCAGGCCUCGGGGUUUUUGAGGACGGCAGCGAAAAUGGGAUGUGCUCAUUCUCAAUCCGCUCUUUGCCCAUACCUGGAGGAUGGGGUUCAUGGUUUGACCCAAGACAUGAAAAUGUCACUUGCGUAUCACGAAAAUGCGGUUGCGAGGCUGUCAGGGCAAAGGAAAGGGCGAGUAAUGUACAACUUCGGACUUUUUCUUGAGAAGCACGGCCAAGAGCUAAAAUACUUUUCUUCGCCAGCCGAAAGGGACGAGAAAUUGAAGCAAUUGUUUCAAGGAGCGUCAGAGGAAGGAACUGGACAAGCGACGAACGAUCUUGCGAUAUUGCUGGAACGAAGAGUAAACGCAGACAACGAAGAAGACGAAACAUCAGCGACAAGCGAGGCAUUCGGGAUGUUCCUAGAGGCAUCAGAAACGGGAAUAAUUCGGGCUGAAACUAACGUCGGCAUCUGCUACGAAAUGGGAAUAGGGACAUAUGGCGACAUGACAAAAGCCAAGCAUUACUACGAAAGAGCAGCACUGCGUGGGGAUGCCAUGGCGGAGAACAAUCUCGCACUACUACUCGAGGAGGCUCAGGAAUAUGGGCGGGCUGUAGCACUGCUAACGAAAGCGGCUUCUGCAGGGGACUCCAAUGCGAUGGUCAAUUUGGGGCGGUUUCACGAGAAGGGCCAAGAAAUGGCGGUGAGUUCGGAAUCGGCUGUUAAGCUGUACACGCAGGCUGCAGAACUGCAGAAUUCGGACGGAAUGUUUAACUUAGCGUCCUGUCAUGAAUUUGGGAUCGGUGCAAACAAGCAUCGAGAGCGGGCGCUUGACUACUACAAGCAGGCUGCGAAGAGAGGACACACAAGAGCAAGAGAGCGACUAAAACUAUUCGAGAAUGAUGGGGAUUGAUCCAUUGAUGGUCUGGAGCUCGCUGACUAGAUAACAGUAUUUAACCCGGUAUCACUGAGUAUCGAAAAGGCUUGGUGCGUUCUAUCGGUGAUGUACCUUGCCCUCGAAUAGCCUGGCCGGUGCUUGGGGAAAGCAGACGAAAGGUGCGGUCGACAACUUGUCUUCAUGUGAAUACGGGCAAUUGUUGCCAAGGAGUUUGUGUUUCAGACGGUUUCAAGUGGUUCCGAUUGGUUAGGCCAUAUCGACGUUCUGCAAUUCCAUUGGAUGCCACAGCUUAUUGCGAUAAAUGAUUGGCUCAGAGGGCAAGCAUUUCUCGGUAUCGUGCAUCUCAGGUGGAUCCGGUUUAAUGUUAUCUGCCGCCCAGAGGGCUUAGCAGAGCUGAGGCGAAUCCUGGGUGUUCCAGACCUGGUCGUCUACAUGGUCGACGGUAUGGAAACUGUUACCGCUUCCACACUCAAACGACUACUCUCGACAGAAGGACGGGCUGGCAACAUUGUGAUAUGUCCGACGAUUUGUUGAACUUGAUCAGAUCCUCACACAGUGGACCGCGUUGCACUUGCUACCCUUCUCAACAACUGCGCAUCCGCAGACUAUUUUACAUGUAUCAAUUGAUCUAGACGACAUCUAUGAUCUAUGAGUGAAACAGUGGAGAAAGGCAUGACAGCCGUGGUGCUGUGAACGUUCUUGUGCCGUUUCAUCAUCACUAUCGAAAAACACCUCACGAAAGUCCGGAAGACAACCGCCGCGCUCCAUCUCAUCAACGAAUAAAUACAACAUGGCCGUCCUAA